GCUGCUGGUAGCUGGGUGCUAUCCAAAGGCGACGGGGCGUCGCUAGGGGAGCGAGCUGUGUGACCGGUUGGGCCGCACUUAGCGUGGGACGAAGCUUCGGCUACUGUUCGACUGCCUGCGGCCUUCCCUUCAUGUCGGCCCUCGAGAAGAGCAUGCACCUCGGCCGCCUGCCCCCUCGCCCUCCUCUGCCCGGCAGCGGGAGCAGUCAGAGCGGAGCCAAGAUGCGAAUGGGCCCUGGAAGAAAGCGGGACUUUUCUCCUGUUCCGUGGAGUCAGUACUUUGAAUCCAUGGAAGAUGUAGAAGUAGAGAAUGAAACUGGCAAGGAUACUUUUAGAGUUUACAAGAGUGGCUCAGAGGGUCCAGUCCUACUUCUUCUGCAUGGAGGAGGCCAUUCUGCCCUUUCUUGGGCUGUGUUCACGGCAGCAAUCAUUAGUAGGGUUCAAUGUAGGAUUGUGGCUUUGGAUCUUCGAGGUCAUGGUGAAACAAAAGUCAAGAAUUCUGAAGACCUGUCUGCAGAAACCAUGGCAAAAGAUGUUGGCAAUGUGGUUGAAGCCAUGUAUGGGGACCUUCCUCCUCCAAUUAUGCUCAUUGGACAUAGCAUGGGUGGUGCUAUUGCAGUCCACACAGCAUCAUCCAACCUGGUGCCAAGCCUCUUGGGUCUGUGCAUGAUCGAUGUUGUGGAAGGUACAGCCAUGGAUGCACUUAAUAGCAUGCAGAAUUUCUUACGUGGUCGUCCUAAAACCUUCAAGUCUCUGGAGAAUGCCGUUGAAUGGAGUGUGAAGAGUGGCCAGAUUCGAAAUCUGGAGUCUGCCCGUGUCUCAAUGGUUGGCCAAGUCAAACAGUGUGAAGGAAUUACAAGUCCAGAAGGCUCAAAAUCUAUAGUAGAAGGAAUCAUAGAGGAAGAAGAAGAAGACGAAGAAGGAAGUGAGUCAGUAAACAAAAGGAAAAAGGAAGAUGACAUGGAGACCAAGAAAGACCAUCCUUACACUUGGAGAAUUGAACUGGCAAAAACAGAAAAAUACUGGGAUGGCUGGUUCCGAGGCUUAUCCAAUCUCUUUCUUAGUUGUCCUAUUCCUAAAUUGCUGCUCCUGGCUGGUGUUGAUAGAUUGGAUAAAGAUCUGACUAUUGGCCAAAUGCAGGGGAAGUUCCAGAUGCAGGUCCUACCCCAGUGUGGCCAUGCAGUCCAUGAGGAUGCUCCAGACAAGGUAGCUGAAGCUGUUGCCACUUUCCUGAUUCGGCACAGGUUUGCAGAGCCCAUCGGUGGAUUCCAGUGUGAAUCUUGUGAGAGAUACUGAGUGCAACACCAGGAACCCAGGUUGGAGAAAGCUGUUAGAAAAACAGUUGAAGAAGCAUGCAAGAAAGAAACAAAAUUAUAAACUAGCUAUGUACCAAGCCACAGUCAGUCCUAUUUAAAAAUAGCUACCUACUAAGCGCUUUUGGGGCCUCACAGACACACCACUUUUCCUGAACUGCUCUCACCUGCCUGAAGACAGAUGCUCCAAAAGGAACUCCAUUGUUAGAAAUCCUCUCCUCAAGAGUUUCACCAACCAAGGAAGACUGAUCCUUACCACAGGAGAAGAGACUACAAGUGGACACCACACCUAGAUAAACUGUCACCAUCACAUCUCCCACCUAUGGGCUGUACUCUAAGGGCCCAUUUAUCAUUCCUAAAAAUCUAAGAGGGCUACAUCCCCCCUUUCCCUAUUAAGAUGGUAUUUCAUCCCAAGUUCUAAGCCACCUCAGGAAGUUAUUCAUUUUCCUCUGGGUAUCUCUCAUGUAUACAUGAUGUAUACAUGUCACUAAGCUUGUGGGUUUCCUUUUGUUAAUAUGUCUUUUAUUACACAGGUUUCAGCUAAGAACUCAGAAGGGUAGGGGGAAAGUACUUUUUCUUCCCUACAUGACAGUAAUUUAGUAAGAGGGUUUCCAGAGUCCUGAUGCACUCAGCAGAAAUACUGGGGAUGUGACCAGGUGCUCAUGGAGGCUCUUCAGGAACCUGAAUAUCAGCACACCAGAACCUUUUCCUUGGGGCCCACAGAGCUCUGGGAGGCAGAAACCCUGACGUGCAUGGUGCAGGGAGGGGGUGGAGGCAGCACAGUGUCUAAGCACCUAGUCCUUUACUUGUGUGGCUUCUUUGUGAGCAAGGCACACGCCCUCCCUCCCGUUGAGGAACCUGAGCCAAGUCGCCUGGAAUGUUCUCUUUGCACAAGUCACUCAUCAGUGCAGCUUUAGCUCAUGCUAGUCCUUCUGCUGGGAAAUGCUUCUCCUCAUUAGACUCUGCCUGUAAAAAAAUUCUACCUGGCCUCCAAAGUACAACUCAAAGGAGGCCUUCUUAUUCAUUUAUCCAAAAAUAUUUGCUGAAUGCCUACUUAUUUGAAACAGACCUUUUUCUGGGGAUACCAAGAGGUAUAAGGAGUGCAGGCAGCCAGGCAAAUAAACAAAUAGUGAAAUUCAGUGAGAUGGGGGCUACAGUAGAGGCAUUUACAAAGUAUAGAGGGGUCUUAAAGCAUUCACCCUGCAGGGAAGGCCACUGGCCACAAUUAAAUGAAUAAAGUAAUUUCAAGAAAAGUGUUAGGAAGAAAACAAAGUUGGCUAAUGUGAACAAAAGUGGCUGGAAGUUUGGGUGUCAGAGAAGGCCUCGGAAGUGACACUGAGCCAAGAGUGGAAUGGUGAGACCAGCAGCCACAGCAGCAGCAGCAGCAGCAAACACAAAAGGCCUGAAGAGCGGGAUCGACGUUGGUUUUGAGGAAUAGAAAGAAUGUCUUGUGUCUGGAAUGUAGUGAGAGGGGAGCCAAGAUGAGAUUACACAUAAAUAAAAUGUUAUACUCUGCCUUUUCCACUCAAUAUUACAAUGUAAGAAUGUUCUUGGUUGUGAAAAAUGAUUUGUAAACAUGUUCAAUGAG